UGUUUGAACAGUUUGCAAAAUUGUUAAUUAGUAUCAUCACUCCUUUUGAGUUUCUUUGGCCAUGGGAGAAAUAUGUUUCGCCCCCAGUCCUUGUUCCGUACAACUUCGUCUGAUGGUGUAGAAUUGGAGUGUAUCUAUGGUCAGGGAGGGCUUUCAUGAAGGAAUCAAUGGGAUGCGCGUUGUAGAUGCAGGAAUGCCCACAUGCAGGAACUCCUCAACUUGCGGCCGCAAUCACACACUAUCUGCCUGCUGUCUCCCUGGGGAAUAAUAUCGCGAGGUUUGAUUGGUUGCUGGAUUUGGAACAAAGCUGCCGAACUUCAGAGUGAUUUAGGCUGCUUGCUGAAAGAAUAAUGUGGAGACCAGACAUCUAAGAGGUAGAGCAACUUGCAGGUGUGCGGUUAUAUGCGGGAUAUUGAGAACGUGCAACUCCACUCCUACUUGUCUCCAAGUCCACAUCCCAACCCUCAGCUUCCCUCAGCCCAUCCCUCCUAUCUUUGCUGGCCACCCUCUUCGGAUUUCCAGGUGUUGCUAUUAGCAGUAGGAGGUUAGGUGAUGGUGCAGAGGCUUCACUCCGUUCUGACCCUCUACCUGUCAGGAGUGUUGGCUUUCCUAGGCCUGUGGUGGUACACCUAUCGGAAGAAAGAAUACCACCUCACUGACAAGGAUGACGCAAAUGAUGAGACGACCGCAGACCAGGAGCACCUGUCCUCCCCCAGAGACGUAGGUAACUGUGUUGUGGAGAACGGCCACUCGACUGGGAUGCAUCUGGACGGGCACGCAGUGAGGGAGUGGUCAUUAGUGGAACAGGAGCUUGUUGAUAUUACAAACACCCCAGCAGCAGCAGAGCAGGGUAUAGUCCCACUCUGCCAAUCACAACCUGAGGUAAGGGUUGUGGCUGCAGACGGUCUCAUUAGUGGCCUGGUUACUGCUGCCGUGAAGCCUGUUUACGAGAGCACUGAGUCUUCAGCUCAAGUGUUCCUAGAGACUGCAGCUGAGGGUGGACCUGAGCAGGAUCUAGAAUUGCAUGGCUGGUGUUCCCAUUGUGUGCCAUCAGCCAUGCGUGCCACCAGUCAUGAGUCAACUUGCUCCUUAUCAAUCUGUGACCUAGGCUCUGGUAAAUCUAAGUCCGUCUGUGAAAGUGCAGGUUUAAAUCAACCACCACAGUCUGAGACACUGGAGGACAUUACAAACAGUACUUUGAACCUGGAGCCCGCAGAGGAGGUGGUUAGACUGGAGCCUGCAGAGGAGGAGGAGGUGGUUAGACUGGAGCCUGCAGAGGAGGAGGUGGUUAGACUGGAGCCUGCAGAGGAGGAGGUGGUUAGACUGGAGCCUGCAGAGGAGGAGGUGGUUAGACUGGAGCCUGCAGAGGAGGGGGUGGUUAGACUGGAGCCUGCAGAGGAGGGGGGGGUUAGACUGGAGCCUGCAGAGGAGGGGGUGGUUAGACUGGAGCCUGCAGAGGAGGGUGUGGUUAGACUGGAGCCUGCAGAGGAGGGGGUGGUUAGACUGGAGCCUGCAGAGGAGGGGGUGGUUAGACUGGAGCCUGCAGAGGAGGGGGUGGUUAGACUGGAGCCUGCAGAGGAGGGGGUGGUUAGACUGGAGCCUGCAGAGGAGGGGGUGGUUAGACUGGAGCCUGCAGAGGAGGGGGUGGUUAGACUGGAGCCUGCAGAGGAGGGGGUGGUUAGACUGGAGCCUGCAGAGGAGGGGGUGGUUAGACUGGAGCCUGCAGAGGAGGGGGUGGUUAGACUGGAGCCUGCAGAGGAGGGGGUGGUUAGACUGGAGCCUGCAGAGGAGGGGGUGGUUAGACUGGAGCCUGCAGAGGAGGGGGUGGUUAGACUGGAGCCUGCAGAGGAGGGGGUGGUUAGACUGGAGCCUGCAGAGGAGGGGGUGGUUAGACUGGAGCCUGCAGAGGAGGAGGUGGUUAGACUGGAGCCUGCAGAGGAGGAGGUGGUUAGACUGGAGCCUGCAGAGGAGGAGGUGGUUAGACUGGAGCCUGCAGAGGAGGAGGUGGUUAGACUGGAGCCUGCAGAGGAGGAGGUGGUUAGACUGGAGCCUGCAGAGGAGGAAGAGGUUGUUAGACUGGAGCCAGAGGGAGACAUCCUGUCUGCCGUGGAAGAACCAACCUGUAAGUCAAGUCUACAGGCUGACACCUGUCUGGCUUCCCCCAGCCACCUUAUAACCAGUCAGGUGUCUGCCUCAAAGCAGCCAUUGGGAAUUUUGAGGUCACCUCAGAAGAAAGAGUCUGAGGAAUGUAAACUCAGCAGGAUCAACACAGCAGAAAUUAACCAGCUGGUGUCAGGUCUCAUCACUGAUGUGGUCUCCGCAGCAGUGAGUCAAUUCCUGAAGGAAAAGACCCAGCUAGGACAUAGUGUUAGUCCUCUCAAUAGCGGGGACCCCUGCAAAGCCCCAGACCACAUCUCAAUGGCUAACAGUGAACCUGAGCAUGAGAUGCCACCUCUAUUCCAAGAGGAUCCGUGUUCAACAACCGGCAGAGAGAACAUCAGUUCAUCUCCUAUAGUUCUGGAGGACGUGAAACACGACCACAGCAGUAGAGCUGAGAUUGAGACGGAGAAGAUCAAGCCAGCAGAAGAAGAUUCUGCAGUAGGUGAUUCUGGAUCCAGCUCUGGUCAGAUCGAAAAGGUCUCCAGUGGCAAGGAGUUGAGCACCAGUAUGAGCCCGCAACCACCCAGAGGACCUGCUGAAGGACUGGGGGCCACCAGCAUGUUCCUCACUAACGGUUGGUGGAUGGCGAAUGUUCCAGGCUCUGGUGUGAACCGCAUGGACUGUGUAGACGGUUACUGUCAACAUGAAGCCAGGGACAACAAGCAUAGCAGUCCCAGUCUACCAAGUCAGCUACUGAACACCAAUCAGGCAAUUGAAAAAUACAACCAAAGUCACAACAGCAGCCAGUCACCGACUGUUUGGGAGGUAGAGGUGCCAAAGCAUUUUGUUGGUAGAUUGAUUGGGAAGAAGGGGCGACAUGUGAACUACCUGAAGGAGACGUCUGGAGCUAAGGUCUUCAUCACCGCCCUACCUUACACCCAGGAGUUCCAGAUCUGCCACAUAGAGGGGUCAGAGGAACAGGUGGAUUGUGCUCUGGAGCUGAUCAGGAAAAAGUUCAAAGAUCUAGAUGUGACCAACUGUUACGUCCAACCUCCAGUGGCCAGCCUUCCCUCUCUCUCCAUCACAUCCUGGCUGCUGCUUCCCCAUAGGGUUACAGUUGAGGUAAUGGUGAUCCAGGUAGCAUCUGGGAACUGUGUGUUCCUCCAGCAGCACAAACACCCCACCUUCCAUGCUCUCUGCAGUCUGGACCAAAAUAUGAGCCUGUGCUACUCUCACCCAGGGUGCCCUCCCCUGCCGGCCCCAGUGGAAGUUGGAGUGAUCUGUGCUGCCCAGAUGCCUGAGGGAGCCUGGUGGAGAGCGCAGGUGAUGGGUCACCAUGAAGAAACCAUGGUGGAACUCCGCUAUGUGGACUAUGGAGGCUAUGAUAUAGUGAAGAUGGACACCCUCCGCCAGAUCAGAUCUGACUUUGUUGCGUUGCCGUUCCAAGGGCCUGAGGUGAUCCUGGAAAAUAUUGCACCCAUUCCAGAUUUUUCAGCUGCAGCCAAAUCUGCCUUGGAGGAGAUGACACGAGGAUUGGCACUACUUGCACAGGUCACAAACGGUCACACCAGUGGCAUUCCUUUGGUACAGAUAUGGAGAACAGAAGGAGAAGAGUUGGUGUCUGUGAACCGUGCUAUGGUGGAUAAUGGACUGUGCAGCUGGGUAGACAGCCCCUGACCGUGAAGCGCAAUCCUGGCUGUUCAGAUAGUUUUAAUACCUUUUCCUUCCUCCCUUGUGAUGUAAGCACAGAUCUAUAAGUGAUUGGAUAGGUGUAAGUUUACCACCCUAUUAUUUUCACCAAUCCAGAUCUGUGAUUACCACACAGUAGCUAGGAAGGAACAAUGGAUUUCUGAAGUAUUCAAACAGGGCCCUUGCCUUGUCUUUCACCUUUUUACCUCCUCAGUCCCACCUCUGGACUACUGCCUUGAUGGCAUAACAAUGUUGUCCUGCAGCACAAUGUCUUCCUGCUCAACUCCACCAUUAUACUCGUUUCUUUACAACCAUGUACACACAAUCCAAGUUAUUUUGUGAAGUUUUAUUUACUCCCACCCGGUCCUAUAAAUGUUUGUAUUGGACACAUAAUGUAAUCAUAAUUAACAAUCUCACUUAACCCCCCACACACACUGAAUACUAUUUUGUUUUUAAUGUAUACAUUUCUAUUAAGAAACUAAAUAAAGAUCAACUGUCCUUACGGACGUCUCCUC